AAAGUGACACAUUUGUAUGCGUCACGUUAUACAAUUUGCAGGACUGUCUCUUUGUCUUGGGUUUAUCACCUCAACCCGUCCAGUGGCAAGAUGGCCGUCGCACUGGUCAGACGUGCGCUUACGCACACGUGCGUCAUAGCAAUAUUAUUACAAACCUGUUGUGCACAGAAGUUCAACAUCCCUGAUGUCAAAAUCGAGGCUUUUUCCCCAAAAGGAUUCACGGCAUCCAUACCUGAGUUCAGCAGCCGUUCAGGCAACCACACGGGCCCAAAUCCCACGCCCACGCUUGACUGUCGUCCGUCAGCGACGCGCGUCCGCGGCGGCAAAGCCUGCGCCGGGCAGACCAUCUUCGAAGACAACUUCGACUCCUUCAAGGACGAUCUCUGGCAGAUUGAACAGUACAUACCCAUCAACCAUCCUAAAUUGCCCUUCGUGUCAUACCAAAGGUUGUCGCCCAACGGACCCGUGUCAGUGUCCGGUUAUCGUGCGGGUGAAUUUCAACAAGUGCAUAUUUUUGCCUAA